AUGAACACUACCAAGUUGCGAGAUCCCAAAUACAAAGACGCUGACCUCGCCUUCCUUGCUGAUAAAUGCCACCGCCUCUUCCUCGCUCGCUUGAAGGUGAUCAUUGCUCGCCUAAAGGGUCCUCACCACCAACUAGCAGCGACCCGCUUCUUUUGCUUUAAACAACCAGUCAUUCAUAAAGACGAGUAUGGCCAAUUAGCCAAGACCAUCAAACCAGCAUACAAGCGUCAACAAUCCAGUGCUACACCAGCAGCUGCUGAACAGGGCCACACCCUGGAAGAGGCAACCAAUAACACCACCAACACAGCCCAACCUACACCAACAUUACCCGAGCUGAAGAGAUAUCAACCUCCAUGGUCCAAUAAGUAA